UGCCCGCGGUGGGCUCCGCCUGGCGGGGCGCCGGGCGCCGGGAGCCGGGAGCCGGGAGCCGGGAGCCGCGGCCUGCAGUCUGGCCUCUUUUCCGGAGCACCGGCCGUCAGGAGCGCCGCGGGCUUGAGCGCGCUUGUGCCAGCUUCUCGGGAUCACCCCUGUCCUCCCUACCUUGAUCGAAAGACCCGCCUGCCUUCUCUGACCUAGCAGGCGCUGCAAUGCCCGGCCCUUGGUUGCUGCUCGCCAUGGCCUUGACCCUCACCGUGGCUGGGAUCCCGGGAGGCAGCGCACAGCCGGAGGUGGCCCAGCAGGAGGCGGCGAUGGCCGCGGAGCACGCGGAUCUGGACGACCUACUGCGCCAGGCAGAGCGUCUCCUCCUCCUCCGGGAAGACCUCCAGCGGCUGCGAGGGAACCAGGGCAAUCCGGAGUCAGAGUCCCAGACGGUUCAGACCAACUGGCUCUCCAAGCGUCAGCAUCCAGGCAAAAGGGAGGGCGAGGCUGAAGAAGGGGUCGAAGAGGAAGAGGAAGAAGGCUUGGCUGUGGGCCCCCACAAACGGCAACACCCUGGCCGGCGGGAGGAUGCGGCUGCCUGGUCCGAUGGGACCCAGCAGAAGCGGCAGCACCCUGGUCGGCGCUCCUCCUGGCUGGAGUACGCUGUCACCAAAAGGCAGCACCCAGGCAGACGGCUGGUGGAUCCCAAGGCCCAGAUGAGUUGGGAGGCAGAGGAGGAGGAAGGGGAGGAGGGCGAGCUGAUGCCUGAGAAACGCCAGCAUCCAGGCAAGAGGGCCCUGGGAGGCCCAUGUGGGACUGGGGGAGCCUGUGGUCAAGCUAGACUCCUCCUGGGGCUCCUUGAUGACCUGAGCAGGGGUCAGGGGGCCGAGGAGAAGCGGCAGCAUCCUGGGCGGCGGGCAGCCUGGGCCAGGGAACCGCUGGAGGAGUGAACCCAGUUUCCUAUAAAGUUUUGGGUCUAAGAAUGUCGUAAGCCCUGUGGGCGCUAUCCCUUUGUGAUCCCCUCUUUCCCUCCUCCUUAGAUCCUUGACCAUGCACCUGAGCACCCCCCAUAUACAACACCCAGUUCCCUGGCCUUGUCCCCUCUCCCCCCUCAGAGACAUGAGAAAGCGAGCCUCUGAGUUAAAACCCCAUAUUAUCCCACUUUACACUGUUGGCAAGGGGGCAGAUCCCAGAAUCCCUCUCCCGCACCGCCCCCCCCCCGCCCCAGGCUGCUCCCCUUCCUUAGCUCUGGCUAAAAUGACCCUUCUGGGUCCUCUAAGGGAUUCCCAAAGAGAAGCAGGGUGACUCUGGUGAGGACAGGGUGGAAUUGAAGAUGUGAUGUCCAAAUCCAGUUUUUAUUCCCUCUUCCAUGAGUAAAGAUUUGCUACCUGUUAAUCUUAUUUACCUCCAGAACCCAGAAUCUCCUCCCCUCCUUGGGCAUCAUUCUGUGGGUGGGCAGAGCCCUGACCCAUGGUUGUGCUCUGCUUGGGCGAAGCACUGCAGGUGGAGGCCCCCUGUGCUGUGCUGUGUGAUGGCUUCCGGAAUAAAUAUGUGCAGGCAUGUGUAAACAUCCCUGAAAGCUGAACCUGUAUAUAACCCUCUAGGUGACUUCCCCUGUCCAUGAUAAUCAUCUGAAUGAUAAUAAAACAUGCAUCUGGAUAAUCUUGGA